UUAUUAGCCAAUUUGUUUAAAAAAUAUUGAAAAUGGAAAGUUAUAUGCUUUGGGCAGAGUAAUAUUUCUCAUAACUCUGAGACUCAAGGGGGUGGAAAUAAAACAUUAACUAUUCCCUGCCUAAGCAUUACUGUCUAACUGAACUGCAAGACUGAAAGAAAAUGCAAAGAAUGAGUGACCAUUAUGAGUUCACAAGGGACUGCUCAGCUAUUUCAGAAUAAAACAGGAUCUGCCGGGAAUUGAGAAAGGAAGCCAAUAAGACUAUCCUGGAAAAAAAGUUAAGAACAGGAAAAAUAAAGGACUGUGAAAAACUGGGAAUUGUUAUUUACCACUAAUUUAAGAAAACUGAAUAGCAUUUGUGCUGAUGAACACAUAUGCAAGAUCAACAAAAGGCAAAUUGAAUUUUAACCAGACAUCAGGACUAAAUUUUAAAAAAAAGCCUCUUAUCCCUGAAUAAUUAAUAGUGGGAAAUAGGCCUGUUAGUAAUGAAGAGAGACUAGAUCGAUGAUGAUUCAAAAUGACUGAGCUAUUGAACUGCUUUUUAAAAUUAUUCUUUCACAAGAAAUGUAAAGAAAAAGGAUAUGGGAAACUAAGCAGUGAUGAAGACCUCGAUAUAAUUGUUGAUCAGAAUCAGGGAAAAGGCUCUAGGGCGGCAGAUAAGGCUGUUGCCAUGGUGAUGAAGGAGAUACCGAGGGAGGAGUCUGCUGAAGAAAAGCCCCUCCUUACUAUGGCAUCACAGUUGGUGAAUGAGCAACAAGAAAGCAGACCCCUUCUGAGCCCUUCGAUUGAUGACUUUCUCUGUGAAACGAAAUCGGAAGCGAUAGCGAGGCCCGUAACAUCAAAUACCGCAGUACUGUCAACAGGUUUAGACCUCUUGGACCUGAGUGAGCCUGUUUUACAAAUCCAAAACAAAACAAAGAAGUUAGAGACUACUUCCAGAGGUGAAAGCUCAAAGGCUUCAACCCACAAGAAGAAGGUGGAUGGGUCAGACCUGAUGAGUGUAGAAGCUGAGCAGAGAGGACAGGCUGUGAGAGUCCCUGAGACAGCAUCACUCGAUUUAGUCGAUAUCCAGACACAAGUGGAGAAAUGGGAUGAGGUGAAGUUUCAUGGAGACCGGAACAGCAAGGGCCAUCCUGUGGCAGAAAGAAAGCCAUCAUCAUCCAGGACUGGCUCGAAAGAGAUUUUAUGGUCCUCAGAAAACAGAUCUCAGCUGGAACUGGCCAGUGGAAGGGGGGCUCUGAAUUCGGAAUCAACUUCAGAACUAGAAUUAGCAACUCCAACCCAGGCACGACUGACCAAAGAACAUCGCUGGGGAAGUGCAUUACUCUCUAGAAACCACUCCUUAGAAGAGGAAUUUGAAAGGGCCAAAGCGGCUGUUGAGUCAGACACAGAAUUCUGGGAUAAGAUGCAAGCGGAGUGGGAAGAAAUGGCUCGGAGGAACUGGAUAUCUGAGAACCAAGAAGCCCAGAAUCAAGUUACUAUUUCUGCUAGUGAGAAGGGUUAUUAUUUUCACACUGAAAAUCCUUUCAAAGACUGGCCUGGUGCUUUUGAAGAAGGGCUGAAAAGAUUGAAGGAAGGGGACCUUCCCGUAACUAUAUUAUUCAUGGAAGCCGCCAUUCUUCAAGAUCCCAGUGAUGCUGAGGCCUGGCAGUUUCUUGGUAUAACCCAGGCAGAGAAUGAAAAUGAACAAGCAGCUAUCGUCGCCCUCCAGAGGUGCUUGGAAUUACAGCCCAACAACUUGAAAGCACUGAUGGCCUUGUCAGUGAGUUAUACUAACACGGGCCAUCAGCAGGAUGCUUGUGAAGCCCUGAAGAACUGGAUUCGGCAAAACCCAAAGUAUAAAUACUUAGUGAAAAACAAGAAGGGAUCUCCAGGACUUACUCGGAGAAUGUCUAAGUCGCCAGUUGAUAGUUCCAUCCUGGAAGGAGUAAAGGAUCUGUAUCUGGAAGCUGCACACCAGAACGGGGAGAUGAUAGACCCCGAUUUACAGACGGGACUUGGGGUGCUGUUCCACCUGAGUGGAGAAUUUAAUAGAGCGAUAGAUGCGUUUAAUGCUGCCUUAACUGUUCGACCAGAGGACUAUUCCUUGUGGAACCGCCUUGGGGCAACGUUGGCAAACGGAGACCGCAGCGAAGAAGCCGUCGAAGCCUACACAAGAGCUCUAGAAAUCCAGCCCGGCUUUAUUCGUUCCAGAUACAAUUUGGGAAUAAGUUGCAUCAACCUAGGAGCUUACAGAGAGGCAGUCAGCAACUUUCUCACAGCUCUCAGCUUGCAAAGAAAGAGCCGGAACCAACAGCAAGUCCCCCAUCCUGCAAUUUCUGGCAACAUCUGGGCGGCUCUCAGGAUUGCCCUCUCAAUGAUGGACCAACCUGAACUCUCUCAGGCAGCUAAUCUGGGUGACCUGGAUGUCCUAUUAAAAGCUUUUGACCUGGACCCAUGAAAGAAAAUGAAAAACUCUCCUCCAAAAUGUACCGGGAAAUGCAAAACUAUUUUAGUACAAAUUUCAAAGGGAUAAAAACGUCAUUCAAAGUACCACGCUCAUGCCACACAAGGAAACCCCGACCAAUGCUGCCCAAUUUCUGUAAAAGUUCAAAAGCACAAAAAACUGUAUAUAGCAUCAUUUGAACGCCAAACAAAAAUAGAAAAGAAUGAGGUGAACCAAGAUGAAACAACCAAAUUGGAACACUCGUCACACAGUAUGUUUCUAAAUUAGUACGAUGGAUUUGUUUUCUUUUUUUUUGUUUUUGCACUUGGUUACAGCUGACAACGCUUAUAAAGGAACCUGUCUUCUAUUUCAUAAAGCAAGCGUUGAAUGCACUGCCCCAGUACAUGGUGGAAUACGGACUUUGGUUUUGUUCAAUCCUAGUUCCUGACUUCUACAAAUUGCGGUUUAGUUCGGGUCGUUGGUGCAUGCACAGUACAUAUAUUAGUUCUUUAAUAAGAGGGGUUUUGCUUAGAAUUUGCUUACCAAAUUCUUAACAUUGCUAUAGCUGUUUGAUUUCAGUGUGAGCUUCGCAGGCAAAAGCAGCUAUUUGCACUACAAGUUUUGCGGUUCACAACCCCAAAUUGUCUGCGACUGUACAUAUGCACUUUAGUAGUUGAUCAUUUAUGCACUUCUGGGGUAUUGUUUCUCUAAUUUUUAAGCAUUAUAAGAAAGACGUAGGGAUACAGCCACUUUGGCUCAACGGACCAAAUACAAAUUCUUGAAAAUAGUUUUCCAUAGCGUAGGAUUUGGUGAGGGGCAUUUUUUUCCUAAAGCUAAUGUGGCAGAAAGCAUAACCUCAAACCUAGAUUCUUCUUCUUUGUAUAACCUCAAUAUUAAUAAAGCCUGGAUGAAGCUAAGCGAAGAGGGUUCUGUUCCUUCAAGCAUUAAACUGGAGGGAAGCUUAGUAAUUAGUGCUAAUUUCACCAUUACUCACCUAAAUAAUUGCCCAUCUGCUAUGUUGCUUUGUCCAUCAAUAAUUGACAUAUGCAGUUGACCCGCUUUAUAAGAGAAUUUUUAAGUUCACUGCUAACUGUUAAGAUGUUAAAUAUUUUUCUUAAAUCAUGACAAAUAUAUUUUUGUUCAAAACAAGGUGGCAGGUCUUUUCCAGGAUAGAUAUUUUGCCAGUCCCUCUACUGUAGAUGAAACUGAACUAUGGGUUCGCAACAGUUUUUCCAAAGGUACGUUAUUUCAGUGUUUCGGUGUCAUGAUUUGAAGACUCUGUUACAGUCGGCCCUUAUCCUGACGUACAGUGUAAGUGCUGUUCAAUACAUUGCUUGCUGAAAAUAUCGACCUCACUGGAGGAGGGGAUUUCAUUUAAUCAGGAAAACAUUGUAGUUUGUGUGUUAGAGACUAAGGUGGAUGAAUUGGAAAAUGCUUUCUGAAAGUAACUUUCUUGUGACAUUUUGUCUAGGGGAGGGCAUUAUUUCCCCAUUAUCCCCCUUUCUCUGUUUCCUAAAUGGCAUUUUUAGUUGUGCCUUAUUCCAAAUCUUGGUUUCAGAGCUAUUGAAAAGGGAGAAGUGUUUGGGAUAAGGACAUUUGUAGGAAAAUUAGCUCUGGAGUUCAGAACUCCAUGCAUAGGUAAUGAGAAAAUGAAUCCAGUCAAGAAUCAGUACUGCUGAGCUACACGGUGAGUAGGUGGUGAGGAGUUUUAAUGUGAGUAUGAAACUCUGGAUCUUAGUAGUGGCUGAAUCCAUUUUAUUUGGGAAGAUAAUCGAGGCAGGUGCACAUAUAUUCAUAUUUCAAGAUCUGUUUCAUUGGACGUUGUAACUAUAAUCCCAGAGAGGAUCCUGUCCCACUCAAUCUGAGCAAUUACUGUUUUGCAUAGUGGUGAUUCAAAUCUUUCCCUCUUUUCAUAAAAGCAAAGAAAUGUUAGACUGGAAAGUGACUUAAGAGGUUUAGCACCUUCUCGUGUCUCUUGAGAGGUGUGGAUAGAGCCGUUCGGAGGAGGAAAUUCUAUAACUUGACUUAAUAGCUCAUUCCUGAGCUUCUAGUAGAUCACUGCAGAGUUUAUAAUAAAUUUUUUUCCAGAGUUUAACAGCCUUCAAGGUCAGAAAUUUAUUUCUUCUGUCAAACCGAUCCCCACUAUCCCUUGCAGUUUAAGCCCCUGUCACCACCACUUAAAACGUCAUAGGUUUAAACAUCUCUUUCCAGUUACUAGGGUAGACAUCAAAUUCUGUGACUUGAAACAUAAUCGAAAGGCCUAUUACAAUGUUUAGUCAGCCUUGUAGAGAGCCUCGUGCCUGGAACCAGUAGCUAUUUAGGGUAGGCCAAAGACGGAGUGUUGAUUUGAUUUAUUUCCAUUUUGGCUUGUGCAGUAGACCAUUUCUGCAGUCUAGUAAAUUUAUUUUGCACCAGGCUACAAGACUACAAUGCAGUGGAGUCAUUUCGUAAAGCUUUGAUUGUAGUGCAAUGAUCUAUUUCCGCCAAUUGGUUACCUAACAGCAGUUUAUUCUCGAUUUCUUAUAUGUGCCUAAUGUCCAUCGAAUUCAAUACUGGGGAUAAGGCUUUAGAGCACCGUGCCUAUUAUUUUGCCCCAAAUUGUCACCCUUGUGGAGGAGUACUUUCAAAUAUAGUGUUUACAGAAUUUAAAGCAUUACCAAAAAUAAACAAGGACUUAGGGUAGGCUUAAUUUUUAUAUGGAAAUCUCUUUCUUUUUUAGAUAGAAAAUAUCUCCAUUCCUACUCUGCAUUAGAUGAGCACAUGAUCAUUUUAUUUCCUUUUUUCCUUGAAGAGCCCAGCGAGUCCUUUCUUCCCUCCCCUCCAAUAGCUGGGUCUGUUGUCAUUCUGGAAAGAUGGCAGGGCACCUUAUUUGGCAUUUAGUCCUUGUAUUCUAACCAUGAAUGGGGAACAACAAACACAAGGGCUAUUAUUUGAAGGCAUUGUUAGAGUGCUUGUGGGACAUUCAGUGGUUCCCGUAUUACAAGGUGCUGAAUCCUCCAGUAAUUUGAAUUACAAUUAUUUAGUAACAGAUGCAUUACCUGGCUCCAACUGUUCUGCAAUCUUUAGUUCACUGCACUAAUGAUAUUGACAAUGAAGAGACGGGAUCAUCUGAAACUGGCUACUUUGAGGGGCUUUGGGUAAUCUUAUUUUUCACCCCCCUCAUUGUGCAGAGCAGAUCACGAACAGUACUUUACCUUCACUUGGAGCUGGGUUCUGCUUUCAAAGGCAGAUGAUGGCCAGAUUGAAGGGAAAGGUGUGAACUAUGCAGAAAUGCCAUCAGUUCAUCUUUUGGACUUACUUUAGAUGGUACCUGACACCAUACCUAGUGAGAUGUCCGUUCCCAGAAGCCUCUUAGCCAAGGCUCACCAGAGUGGUACUAUAAGCUCACUGUGGACAGGGAACAUGUCUACCACCUCUGUUGUAUUGUACUCUCCCAAGCGCUUAGCACAGUGCUCUGCACACAGCGCUCCAUAAAUACCAUUGAUUGAUUGAUUCUAUAUAGGUUGACUGGUCAUAGUGUGGGAGACAAGAAUUACUCAUUUCCCAAACCCACCUGUAUCUGUGGCUUCCAGUAACAGGCUUGUUUUGGGCGGGGAACGUGUCUGUUGAUUGUUGUACUGUACUCUCCCAAGCAUUUAGUACAGUGCUCUGCCCACCGUAAGCGCUCAAUAAAUACGACUGAAUGAAUUUGGAAAAGGUGGAAGCAAUCAUUUUACUCUGUCAAUCGUGUGCCAGUUCCUGUCCUUCUCCCACUUGCCUUUCAUUUCCACCUUAAGGUGGACACAAAGGGCCAAGCUGCAUCCUGAGUAAGUGGCUUUGGUUGGCCCUCUACCUUCUUUACUUCCCAACCUUUUCAAGACUUUUUUGUCCUUACAAAGGACACACUAAAGAAAUGCAAGGGAUUGCCAUUGUUAUUACAGAAUCCUAAGGAGAAUAUGGUAACGCUGAAUUCUGAGCUCGUAGCUCAGUGGGCUGAGCUGGCCUCUCUUAGAUCCCUCCUGAUUUCACUUUUUUAUAGUGUUCAAACCCACCAUUUGUCAUAAUUUCUCUGUCAUUACAGAAUUUAUAGCUCCAGCUAAAAUGAAACUGUUUUGAACUAAUAAAUAUAUAUUUUUAAAGGGUGUUCGUAGAUGGAUUGUGACAUAAGGUUUGUAAAGGGUGUUUUUUUUAAGAAAAACAUAUAACCUCAGGUACAAAAAUAUUGCAUGCAUUAGUAUUUGCACACCAACCUAUUCUAAUAUUAACCAAAGCAUGCGAGGUAACAACAACUGAAUGUAAAUUUACAGAAUGCAUGUCUAAGUCUUAGAAUUAGCUCAAUCUUCCUUGCAAUUUCUGCACUCCUAAAUGCGGUCAUUAGGAGUUAUUUAUACAUGGACUUUGUGUUGUAAAUUUAAUGCAAUAUCCUUGGAAUGGUUUAAUAACAGUGUGUCCCACUGGACUUAAUAAUAUCCAAUCGCCUGGCUUAUACAGUGUUGCCGACAGGACAAACUCAUACAGAACUUUAGGUGUUCACAGGCUACAAAAUACGGUGAAGCGAGACUCAUCACCAUUCCAAAAUGGAAUACCGUUAUCACUCUGAAUGCUUUCAAAGGCAAAAAUUCAAAUAGGUUGCUUUAGUGCGAAAAAAUUUGGAUAUUACUCUAGGCAGCAGGGAAAAUGUUGGUCCUUAGAGAUCAAAUGCUGCUGAUCGUGUCUGCUCAGGGCGUCCUGCACAAUGUAAAGCCAAACAAGCUGGGAAAGUGAAGGUAUCAGUAUUUUGAAAGAAAUUCAGAAGGAAAUACUGAACACCUCAUAGAGGACCUGGUGUCAUUCUUACUUCCAUUUAAGAAAUAAUAAUGUAAAUGAUGAUGUUGCUUCUUUCUUCAGGAACUGCUGAGUGGAAGAUCACUGCAGCAAGAUUGUAGGCUCUUCAAAUUUUGACUUUCAACCUUUAAUCAGUAAGUCUAAAAGUAAUGAGAUGUGAUGGGGCUAAACUGUAAUUUACCUUGCCCCCCUUCAAUUAUGCAUUCUCACUGCACAUUAAAUGCCUUCAUGUAUAAGCCAGCACCAAAUGAUCUCCACAAACUCACACAAAGAACACUGAAAAUGCCAGUUUCAGCCACUCUGGGAUCCCACUGCAGACGUGAGUCGCUCUAAAUUAUAACUGAAUGCAGAAUCCAAAAAAAAAAGGACACGCUGAUAAAUUUUCUAUGCCUCUACUGAGUGCAUUUAACAGGCUUUAUAAUGUGCAAAAUGAAUAAGUGGGUGAGAGAUUGCUACUUUAAUGUGUUUUUCCUUUAGGUAAAAACUUUGAUAACAGUGAAUUGAGAAACAGUAACUCAAGAGUACACGCUUUGGAAAGGGACAUCCUACCUUAGACCAACUUGCUCAGGACAAGGGAUCAUUUUAAUCCGAAGAGCCUCAGCCGACGGGGAAAGGGGGGAAAAGUACAUAGUAGGUGCUCUACUGUAGGAGAAGAAAUAAAGAAAUACUUAAAGCUAAGAAAAGGUAAAGGAGGAUGGAGGGUUUUUACAUGCUUGCCUUACCUUUAACAGCAACUCCCCAAUCUUCAGACUCUGAGGCCAAUGUUAUUACAAGCCAAUAUUCUCCUUUCAUCUUAGGCCCAAGACCAAGAUCCAUUCCAAUACCUUGGUUUCAGGGGGUUUUUUGUUUGUUUUUUUAAAAACUAGCUUUCCCUGAGACCAUCUCUCGAAGAGAAUGCAUCCACUUUGGCUUUUUGCCAUAUGACACUGAACCAUACUGUUAGUUGUAUGGGGCAGCUACAGAAAUCUGAAUAAAACACCAGACAUCCCCAAGUGAAUCUCUUCUGAGUCUUAAAAACAAAAAAAAAGUUUCUUUUUGAGGUUUUCUUGAGUGUAGAAUGGAUAACAAAGAAUAGUGGGGGAGAAGGGGAGAUAAGUGGGUAGGUGACUUGCACAUUCAAAUUGUUAUUAAGGAAGCUGAUAUGACAUUAACAGUCCUGUAGAGGACUUACAAAUAAUGGCCCCAUGUAAGAAAAUAUACGGAUGUAGUACAAUAUCCUAAGCAGCAGCAACAGUAAUAAAAUAACUCAUUUUCAAGCCCCAAAUGAUUGCUUAUUUUACUUUCUCUCUUCCCCUUUUAACCUUUCCCUUCAUUCCCUAGUGCCAGAGUUUGUUUACAUUUAUUGAAAUAUUGUCUGGUUUAGGAAACUUUUUACUACCAAAACUACACAUUUAUUGAACAUUUAGAAAAAACAAUAUUUCUAUAUAUUUUGUAUAUCUAUGAAUAUUGCCUAUCUAGACUAAUCUUAAAAUAUAUAGUUUUGAAAGACAUCGUGCUGCUUCUUCCACAUGCUCAGUACUGAUUGAAAUUCCAUCUGGCGCCAGUUUUUGGCUUUAUUUUUAAGCCAGCAUAGAUAGCAAAGAAGAGAAAGCAUUUGAAUGUUUACAUUCAGUUUUUAAAGUUAAUAUCAACCCAACUUAAGUGAUCUAGUUCUUAGGUAAAUUUAGUGAAUAUUGGUGGGGGGGAGGGAGGAGUGUGAAAGAAUAGACUCAUAAUAAACAAUAUUGCAUCUAUAUACUUAGAGCAAUAUUAAUUGUGUAUAAUAGCACAAAUCUAUAAUGUACUGAUGCUUCAACUUAAUAUCUUCUUGCACUGCUCUUUAAAAUAAAAUUACUUCCAUAAAAUGAUCUGGUCAUAUAUGUGAUUAAUUUGGUAUUUGAUUUGCAAAGCACUAAUGUUACUGUAGUAUUUUUGUACUGUAUUGGAAGCAUGCCUUCCUGUUAUUUUUUUCCAUAAUAUUAAAUUGUAUUUAUAUUUGUGUGAUUUUUAAGUGUGUCUUAAAAUAAAGUUUGUCUGUGGCUUCAAAUACCUUUCAGA